UUACACUCCGAAUCACAAAUCAAGUCCUCUUCUUAAACCUCUCUCGACUUCAUCCACUUGUUCCCCAAGGAACCUGAUUCCUUCUUAUUCCUUUUUCCAUCUUUGCUCAAGACGCUUUUCUUUUUCAAAUUCGAAAGAGUGUGUUUCAGAGCUUGAAGAAACUCAUUGAUUCUCUGAGUCCAGGUGAGAAGGGAAGUCUUUUUUGGGGUUUUUCGAGUGAGUUUCAGUGAUCAUGAGUGGGUUUUAGAGGAUUCGAGAGAAGGUUAGGAUGAAGAUUCAGUGCAAUGUCUGCGAAAUGGCUGAAGCCACCGUUCUGUGUUGUGCUGAUGAGGCGGCGCUGUGCUGGGCCUGCGAUGAGAACAUUCAUGCCGCCAACAAGCUCGCUAGCAAGCACCAGAGAGUUCCUCUCUCUGGUUCUUCGUCUCAGAUGCCCAGAUGCGACAUCUGCCAGGAAGCUAGUGGCUACAUCUUCUGUUUAGAGGAUCGAGCAUUACUUUGCAGAAAGUGUGAUGUUGCAAUACACACAGCAAAUACUUGCGUAACGGGUCAUCAACGCUUUCUGCUCACUGGUGUGAAAGUCGCACUCGAGCCAACCGACCCUAUUCCUUGUUCUUCCAUAGCUAAUUCACAUUCUAGAGAGAUAUCAACCAAAACGAAAGUUAGACCACCGUCUGAUAAGGAAUUCUCGAUGCCUUCGUCUGGUGAAUUCAGCAGAAGCCUGUCUGUUCAAGGUGGAUCUGAUGACUUCAUGACAAAUAGAACAUUGCUUACUGGAGAUUCUGCUUCUGGUGGCUUUUCACAUUGGCAAAUAGAUGAACUCAUUAAUCUGACUGGAUUCAAUCAGAAUUAUGGGUUUAUGGAUAACGGAUCAUCCAAGGCUGAUAGUGGAAAGCUUGGGGACUCCGAUUCAUCAUCAAGUUUGAGAGCUGCCGAUGUUGAACUCGACGAUGACGAUGAAUGCUCGGGUCACAUUCCAGAGGCUUCCUGGACUGUGCCUCAGGUUCCCUCCCCUCCCACAGCAUCUGGCUUAUACUGGCCAAGAAGUUACCAUAAUUCUAUGGAUGGUGCUGUUUUUGUUCCUGAUAUCUGCUCUUCAGAAAGGUUUCGACAUUGCUCACACAACAGUAUGUUCUCGAAACGAAGGAGGCAGUUUUAGAUGUCUGAACGCUGGCAUCGGGCUUCAUUGCUUGUGUUCUGAACGUCUGCUUGGUUUGUUGUGUGUUUAUAGGCUUUCUCAACUACGUUUGUUUUAUAAUAAGUGGACACGACCAAAGAUUAUCGCUUGAAAUGUAUACCUUGUAACGUAACCACUAUAGUUUAGGAUUUGUUACAAUGAUGUAGAAAUAAACCUGUGCAUUAGUUGACCUAGGUAUUUUUUCAGAUUUAUUUCGAACAUCAUAUGGAAAUGAUUAGGAUUCAAAUCAUGUUGACCCACUUGAUUAUUUGUAGUUUUACAAAAAUUAUGAAGAAUCAAUGUUAUGUCUUGGCCA